AUGGCGGACGAAGCAACAAGAAGUGCUUUUCUAGAGAUUCAAGCCAGCAUGAUUGAGCUCACCGGAAAGUUGAAGCAGGUGCAGAAUCAGAUGCGCAACAAAGAGGGAGAUAGGAAACGUGCUUACUUAACCUUGGAGGAGCUACGGCCAUUGCCUGAAGAUACAAACACCUACAAGAAGAACGUGAGUGGUUUAGUAGUCCUGGACCUCUCCAAGUUUGUUCUGGAGCCCAAGAAGGUACUAGAGGGUGAACAAGAGCAGAAACUCAAGGACAGUGAGGCUGCAAUUGCGUCUCUUCAGCCAUCAAAGGAAUACUUGGAGAAGCAGAUUGCAGAGGUUGAGAACAACUUCAAGGAGCUGUUGCAGCAAGAACCAUCCAUUGUUCAACAAGUAGUGUCUAUGUCUGUGUAA